AUGGAAGCUAAUAACACUGAAGUGGUUGGUAGGGCUUCUGUUGCGAGGGAACUUGGGUCCCCCGCUGCUCUCUCCCUCGACUUGACUCCCAGAGAAACACGUCGAAGUUCGUCUCGUGCGUCACGUAAAACAACUUGUGAACCAGAAGCUCUCCCUUCGAACUUAUCUCAUUCUUCUAUUUCAUUACCCCCAACACCUGUCACAACGUCAUUCGAAGAACAGUUCUCUUCUUCCAAACGUCGCAAGACGCAUCGUUCUGCCACUGUAGACGAGAAAAUAGGUUUGAAUCAAGAAUCUGCCCAAACCCCGAAUCAACAAGGUUCUGGUGGUCCCUCGCAGAUAUCCAACAGCGUCCCUAAGAAAAGAGGACGCGGCAGGAAAUCGGCCUUAGCCAACGGUGAGACCGUGCAACCUGCAACUCCUGCUUCCAAUCCCAAGCAACAGUCACAGUCGACGUUGCAUAACUUUCUGUCAAGAACACUCAAAGAUCGACGCAAGUCUCUUGUUACUCAAAACCCGUCAACAAACCCCACCAUGUCUACUUCUAACGUCUCCUCUCCCGCCAUGAACUCUUCCGCUUCCAACAGCCGCAAGACGCGUAAGUCUAUGCCAGCAAAGCUGAACGGCUUUGAGAACAGCGAGAAGACUUCUUCCGUGGACUCUACCUCUUCUCUCACAUCUACUCCCAACGCUCAGAGCGGCAAAGCCGAUAAAGCUCCCGCUAAUUCUGCUGCGUCUGCCACCACUGCUGAAGCUGCUGAAGCCCAGGAGGCUAGCACCAAGCUUGCAACACCUGCUACGCAGCCUCGCUCUACUCCUCGUACCACGACUGCGAGAUCUCGUCGCGCCGAACGCAAAUCCAGAAUGGCUGCGACUCAGAAUUCCAAAUCAGUGCAGUCUACUCCCGUCUCUGCAGUGAAUCGAAGCAGUCACAAGGCUGCCAAUUCACAGGUUGCUACUCGAACCAGUUCGCGACCUCAGCGAUCUACUCGAAAGUCUGCAAUCAACGCCGCAAGCCAGGCCGUGGAUGACGCUUCUCUUGAAACACCUUCUUUCCCGAAGACGCCCUUUGGCCGCGUGGUUGCUGACAGCAUUGAAAGUACCCCUGCUCUUGACAGCAAGGCUGAAUUCGACACCAUGUCUGGAUACGACUUGGAUACCCCCGGAAUCGAACGCAGUACUCCGUACGGCGAAAGUUUUCCUUUUGAAUACCAUGCUGAUAUGUAUGGAAACAAAUUUGGUCUUGAUGGUUCCAAUGAGGGCCCAGGAUCCCCAACUGCCAGCUACUCAACCACUACGUCAGCUGCGCGCACUUCUGGAAGAACCAGAAAGCCUACCAUUAAAGCUAUGGAAUCUUUGGAAUCUGAGCGGCGCUUCCGCAGAAACCGUGCACCAUCAUCUAAGCCAGAGUCUGCUCUCAAGGAAGUAAAGGGCAAGGCAGCAGUCAAGAAGACGCGUGCCAACAAACAGGCCAAUGCGAAAACAGCUGGUAUUGCACAAGCGUCGAAGGCAGGUGUCGAUGGAAAAUGGGCAGUUUUAGCAAACCGCCUGCUUGACCUGGCCGCGGCAGCUGUUGCUCCAGAAUUUGAGCAGUCAUCGGAAGCUGAGGGCUGGAUCGAAGAGUUACGCAAGGAGUACCUGGAGAAGCAGGAGAAGAAGACCGAAACUCCAGCGGUGCAGUCCGAGGCGGAGCCCGUGACCGAGGCCGCAUCCGAAGCGCAGCCCCAGGCAGAGAUCGGCGUUGAGGGAAUAAGUAAGCCAAUCUCUACGUCCGAGACGCACCGGUGGACUGACGAGGAUGGGUUCGUUUUUACAGGCCAAAAAAAUAAAUUUGGCGAAGAGCUUGUCGUUGUAGGCGAAGGCUAUUCUUGGUUCCGCCCUAACAACACCUACGGAGACAAAUUGCUCCCCCAGCCUCCAAUUCGUCUGAAGUCUCAUGAACAGUUCGAGAAGGACCGCAUCUUCGGAUAUCCCCCACGCAUGGGAGAGCGCAACUUGCCUCAGGAUAACAAGAUGCCUUUCUUCUUCGAAAACGUGGACGAGGUCAAGGCGACAAUCAAGGCUCGGGAGGAGGCCCGCAAGAGAGGAAUUGCCGUUGAUCGAAUGAUGCCGGCUGCCUACAUCCAAACCUUGAUCGCUCAGCACGAUGAAACCGCCCCGAAAGACGGUCCAGGUGAAGUGAAAGAGGCCAAAGAGACCAAGGAGCCGACUCGCAAACGGCGCCGCGGCGGCGAAGCCUCAGAGACUACUCAAGUGCCCAAGCGACGCCGGAGGGAGCCAGAGCCGGAACCAACUCCACCAGCUGAGCCGCCCAAGACGCUGCGCAUCAAGCUGACCUUGAAGGGAGGAGCGGGUGCAGCGACCAGAAAGCGAUCCCAUUCUGAGAUGGAAGAUCAGCCCGCCGAAAUGAAGCCUACCGAGACGAAGCCCGCUGAGGGAAAGAGUCAGCAGGAGCGAUCCAGCCCUUCCAAAAUCCUGAAGCUCGGUCUGCGUCGCAAUUACACUCAAGAGAUGAUCAGACGCACAACUCCAGAAGAUCUUGCGAUGGGCCCCCCGGAACCACCCAAAGACAUCUAUGAGGCUUUUAAUGUAACUCCCCCUUCUGGACCGCCACCCCGAAACUUCAACACAGCUCCUGGAGGACGUCCCCGUCGCCGUGCUGCGGCUGCCCUGAUUGCAGAAUUUCAGAAUCACGCCGAGGAGAGGGCUCGUCGCGCCAACGCACGCAAACGGAACGUUCCAUCGGACAAACCUGACGAUCCUAAUACUAAACCCAACGGCCAGCCGAAUGGCCAACCCAACUGA